ACUGGGAGCAUUUCCUGCCGACACGCUGCUUAUAUAGAGGAAAGGUGGACGUGACUGAGGACAGCAUGGCUGGAUGGGCGAGGAGAGAGUGGCUGAGUGAGAGAGAGAGACCGGAUGUCCCUAUUGAUCUGUGACUCCAUGCGCGCCCAUCUCACAGCCACUGUGAAAAACCAAGUGCAGCAAAUGAACCCGGAGCUUGCCAUCAUUCCGGGAGGCUUAACGAAGGAACUCCAGCCGCUGGACAUCGGUGUAAACAGGGUGUUCAAAGUGAAGUUGCGAGCGGCGUGGGAGCGAUGGAUGACAGAUGGCGAACACAGCUUUACUAAGACUAGGAGGCAGCGCCGGGCGAGUUACGUCACCAUAUAUUAAUGGAUUGUGGAUGCCUGGGCUAAGGUAUCUGCUUUGACUGUUCUCCAAGCUUUCGCGAAAGCCGGCAUCAUUGCUGAACAGCCCCCCAGCAACGAGACUGACUCCGACAAUGAUGAGAGCGAACCCGGCAUGUUUGAUGGAGAACUUGCCUAGCUGUUUCGGAUACAGAAGAUGAGGACUUUGCUGGAUUUGUGCAUGAGGACUGAUCAAAAAAAUAACAUGAAUCGGCCCAUCCAGGUGAAGCCAGCGGACAGCGAAGGACGGGGAGAAGACAGGAAGCUGUUUGUGGGGAUGCUCGGCAAGCAGCAGAGCGAGGAUGACGUCCGGCGGCUCUUCGAGACCUUCGGCCAGAUCGAGGAAUGCACCGUCCUGCGGGGUCCUGAUGGGACCAGUAAGGGCUGUGCCUUUGUCAAAUUCUCCAGCCACGCAGAAGCACAGGCUGCCAUCAACAGCUUGCACGGUGGACAGACCAUGCCUGGCGCCUCGUCCAGCCUGGUGGUCAAAUUUGCAGACACGGACAAGGAGCGGACACUGCGCCGGAUGCACCAGAUGGCGGGUCAGCUCGGCAUCUUCAGUCCCAUGACCAUCCAGUUUGGGGCCUAUGGCGCCUACUCUCACGCUGUAAGUCUCAGCCCGGCGGGGGAGGAGACGCAGAUGAUGCAACAGCAAGCAGCCCUGAUGGCAGCAACACAAGGGUCCUACCUGAACCCCAUGGCGGCCAUCGCUGCCGCGCAAAUGCAGCAAAUGGCGGCGUUCAAUGUCAACGGCCUGGUGGCGACCCCAAUGACACCAUCAUCAGGCACCAGCACACCCCCAGGUAUCACUGCAACUGCCGUCCCCAGCAUAGGCACCCCUAUUGGGGUCAAUGGAUUUAGUGCUCUUGCGCCACAAACCAACGGGCAGCCCACGUCCGAGCCCAUUUACACCAACGGCAUUCACCCUUACCCAGCACAGAGUCCGACGGUGACCGACCCUCUCCAGCAGGCUUACGCUGGCGUCCAACACUACGCAGCAGCCUACCCUGCCGCCUAUGCGCCAAUCAGCCAAGCAUUUCCACAGCAACCGACCAUCAUUCCCCAGCAACAGCGGGAAGGGCCAGAGGGUUGCAACCUGUUUAUUUAUCACCUGCCCCAGGAAUUCGGUGAUGCCGAGCUCAUGCAAAUGUUCCUCCCUUUUGGCAACGUCAUCUCAGCGAAGGUCUUUGUGGACAGAGCGACCAAUCAGAGCAAAUGUUUCGGCUUUGUGAGUUUUGAUAACCCGUCUAGCGCCCAAGCUGCCAUCCAGGCCAUGAACGGCUUCCAAAUAGGCAUGAAGAGGCUGAAGGUGCAGCUUAAGCGGCCAAAGGAUGCCAACCGACCUUACUGACUGGUCUGCAGUCCUGAUCGAGGAUGAAGGGCCCACAACACCUUAUUUCCACAAGUGCAGUCAAAGUACAAAGACUCCUUGCUCUGCUACAUAUCACGACGGACAGGUGGUCCCUUGAUCCCACUGGAAUCCCGCUGGAAGAUUGGGUGACUGAGCGAUGGAUCCCAGAGUUAUUUCCUUUUUUCGCAAAUGCCUUUUUUGUCUUACUAAUCCCGUUUUUUUGUUUGGUUUUUGUUUUUUUUUGUUUUUUUGCUUUGGCGUCCGUGGAAGCAGAUUUUUUGCAGAGACCGACUUUUUUGCUGCUCUUUUUUUUAGACAUGAUGAUGGGUUGCAAAGAAGAAAAUAACACAUUUAUAGACUCAUUAUGCUCAACGCAUGCAUACUGUCAACACGCAUACAAAAAAAAGUUAUUGCUAAUGAAAAUAAUUUAAAAAAAAACAUUGUACAUAAGUGCAAAUGCCAAUUCAAGUACUGAAUCAAACACACACACACACAAACAUGCAAACACAUACGUACACACACCAGCCUGCUGCCAUUUCGUUUUUUGUGCCUACACAGACGUUGUGUGCUCUGUGACAGGGCCGAGCUCUGGAUGGAUGACGACGACAAAGAAGAAGAAGAAGAAUCCAGGAUAAUUUACAUGCAUCAUUCCUUAGGAAAUAGGGACCAAAGGACUAAAAAAAAUGCUUUUUAAAAGAAUAUAAAUAUAUAAAUAUAUAUUUAAAAAAAACUUUGUAGCUGGAAGUAUUACUCUGUCAAAAAAACAAAACAAACAAAAACAAAUCAUUAAAUCGAUAUCCAGUGGCCUACUGUAAAAAAAGAAAAUGGACUAUGUAUUGAAAAAAAAAUUGAACCGUAGUGUAGGGGCUGAUUUUUGUUUGCUCUGGAUGCUAAUGUGGCACCAUCUUGUAUCAUAGUGAAGUAGGUUAAAAAAAAAAAAAAAAAAAAAAAAGAAAUGUACAUUUGCUCAUUUUUCCUGUUGUUAAAAAAAAUACUUGAAGUUGCAUUGAAACGGGACUAGAAAAAGUCUUAACCACUGGAUAUUGCGCUCAUCACGAUGUCCGAGGCACCACAAAAGGAGAGACUGUUUCCCAGAAAGGGCAAAGACUGAACUUACUCGUGCCUGCGCUGGACAGGGUGCAGACACGCAAGGCUUCUCCUUGGCCUUUACGUUCAAGCGACAAUCCACUGUAAAAGACCAAGCAACACGGACCCCCGGGGUGUCUUUUUGGAUUUUUUUUCUUGACCUUUUUGUAUUACGCAACGUGAAAAGCAAAGUGGUUCAAUGAAGGGAGGUGAACACAAGAAUUUUUAAGGAACAGAAAAGCUACUGAAACUGCCAGAAGAAUGAACCUUGAAGCCACGUUUCCACCAAGUGGUAUAGUUCAGUUUGCCACAGUAUGGCUCUGUAAACUCUGAUCAGGCUUUGGUAGCGACAUACAUAGUGGCGCAUGCCAGCAAGAUUGAGUGUAAUCCAUCAAUUUGGUCCUGCUUAUCUUCUAUCCCAGCUGACUUUGGGUGAGAGGCUGGGUACACUGUCAAUUGGUCGCCAGUCGUCACAGGACACAUAUUGACAAAUAACCAUUCAUAACCAAAGUCUUCACGGAACAAGCAUGUCUUUUUAGAAUGCUGAAGAAAAUCAAAUCCACGAGGAAAAGAUUAAGCCAAGUCUAAAACCCAGACCCUUUUAACUGUGAGCCAACCACAUACAAUAAUCCACCAUUCUAUAGCAUGUAAUUUUGCCAACUAAUUAAUCAAAGAAAAUAAUGGUACAGUGCUGUGUGCAGACAGUACCUGGAAAUAAACAGGAUUUUUCCACCUCUCUUUCCUCGUCACUGUUCUGUAUAAACAACACGGAAUUCGGUGACCAAAAGCCCGCCAAUAUUCCGCCUUCUGAAGUAGUAUCAGAGCCGCAACAGAGUGACGAUGACGCGUGUAAAGCAAUUCCGGAAGUGUGGGCUCGUGGUGCAGAGCUACAAACUUGACACUUGCUUUUCCCACUGUGUUUUGGUUGCUCAAAGAAUGUUGGGCCGCUUUGUAAAAAUGCACACAAUUGCAAUAAUAUCCCGCCUAUGCCAGGUUGUGGGUAACAAGCAGAUAUUUGGAUAUUUUGUUACGGCUCUGACGAGUUGUCUGUGUAAGAGAGACAGAAAAAGCUAAAGAGAAACCACGUCUUGCUCCAAGAGAACUUUACUUACAAAAGCAUACCAAAGUUACCACUUUGACAUCCCUACAAAAAGAAACUCAAAAGUGGGACAUUACCAUGGAAACAAUAACAUGUGUAACAAACUGAACGGAACCAUAGUGCUUGGUGGAAACACGGCCUACACAUAAAGAAGUUGUGUCAUUGUGUCACAUGUCCCCUCAAAAUCAUCGAGCUGUGCUGUUAAAUGAACAACUACCUACAAAUGUAAGACACAAGACCAUCACAAUUACACUAUCAUACAAUGUACAUUUCACUGUGAACAUGUUAUUUGACCUAUUUUCUUGGUAACCAUCCAUAUAGAUUCCAGAAAAGAUGCGGGUACACUGCUUCGUAAAAUGCAAACAUGUAAAUUGGUUCUGGCUCUGAACGUUCCCUAAUUUUCUCGGUUGGAGCGCAAUAGCGAUCCGAUCCCAACAGUGGUGGAUGGUAGGCGGUAAGAAGGGAGGUGGGGGAUAGUAAACAUCUUUCAAAGUCAUGCUUCUAGGAUGAAGCCCAAACAUUAUAAAAAUAGAAAGUGUAACCAAGCUCCUGGUGACAAGCACCAUAUAUCUGUGCUGUGUGUUUCCAGAAAAAGGAAUAGGAUUAAAGGUUUUAAAAAGUCUGUUAGCUUGGUACAAAUAAUUUGAGUAUUAAAUCUCAUUUUGUCACAAGAAAAAAAAAAAAACUAAACCAAAUUUAUUGCAAAUAACUGACAAUGUGCUACAGAUUUGUAGAUGAAUUGUGAUAAAGCACAAGUUGCCAAGCCAGAGUCAAAACCACGUCCCUCAGUUCUGUUCAUAUCACUGAACAGAAUGUCUGUCAAUGCUACUGUUCAAUUAUCCCCUGUUCAGUAUUAGCCAAGCUUGCACUCUGAUCACCAGCUUGUAUCCAGCAACAGAGUCUAAUAAGAAGAAAAUCACCGAAAUACUCACCGGGACCAAAUGGCGAGGGCGAGGCCGUUGCUUCGUUGGAUGACAGAGGGACGAGUAGGCCAGAUGAUGUUUCUGCCUACCCCCAUAUUGGGAAGGCUGUUGACAGCUGACCUGGCACAUGCAACACUGCCAAAAUAUCCUCAAUUAAUAGGUAGUACAACUAGAUCGCUGUACUUGCGUUUACUAUGACUGAUACCACCAGUGGCAUCUGUAAAGCCGAUUUUUACGGUUGAGUUUGAAGAUUAAAUACUUCCGGAGGCAUAGGUUUUCAACUUUGAUGUGGAAAGAAUGAGGGAUUAGGGGGGAAAAAAGAACAAUCUAACAAACAAUAAACACCUAACUGAUACCUUGUACUCUCUGCAGUCGCAAGACUAAACAUCCUUGACCACGAUAUGAGGAAAUACGGUACUGCUGUCCCGCUCCCCCGGUCUUUGAUUUGCCAUCAGGUGUAUUCAAGAAGCAAAUCCAAUGUUCCAAUGAAGUUUCCUGCGCUCUUCUUGGCCUCAUGUUACAGUGAAUGCUGUAAGCGGAACCGAAACCUCCACAACUACUCUCGUACUCGUCGUUACCAGAUGCGGUUCUAGCUCCCGGUUGCAGAUUGGGCCCGCAGGUGAGCUGACCCCCACGCUAGCCUAGCAUGCUGCUGAAUAACCAGCGCUGAAUUUACGACAUGUAAUAUCCUACAGCAAGGCAAAAUGAAACCGUUAGAAAGACAGCUGGAAACUUUCAACAACGAUAGCCUGUAUUACUUUUGCCACUGAAGGAAGAGGAUUUUAAAGUGAUGAGCAGUAAAAAUGAAAAGAGCCAUGUAGAUUAUUUUACCCAAAGGUAUUAUAUUAUCUUACUUAUUAUCGAUGCAAUAAUAUAUUCUGAGUCUGAGUCACUAUAACAAAAAGAUGACAAAAGAUGUGUCCACAUGUACACAGGUAUUUUCAAAAAUUAAAAACACCAAACUUGUACCAACCAUAUAUUUUAACACUUCAACCUGAAGGAGCAUUUUCAGUGUGUUAUGAUCAUGCAAAGGGAACAGUUGAUGCUAAAACUCUUAAAAAUGAGGACAUUUUACCCAAUUAAAUUAAAAGCCAUUCCCUGAAAAUGUCCCACUAACAACAACGGCCAGAUUUAGUAAAUAUGUAAUGUGGACUUAUAAGGAGGCGGAGUAAUUCUUGAACGAAUGAAACAUGUUUUAAUAUGAACUCAAUUAAAGAAUCAAGCUCCACAGUAGAGCGCAGAGCUCUGCCACAGCUCUGCAAUCCUACACGUCCAUGUAACUGGUUUGUGUCGGCAAAAAAAACAUGACACGCAAAGCCAUACCAUUAGCCCUGGAGGCUCGGUCUGGUUGGUCCCGGCCCCCAAAACAAGUAGACUGCAUCGGUGAAAACGUCUUCCAUUUGUACCUUUAUACCGAUUCUAACCGACAUUUAAUGGGCUUGUGUAGUCCUGUUGAUCAAUUCAUCUGAUUGAUAUGUUUGGUUAAUACCCCACGACGCAGGUGGACUGUAACAGCCAAAAGGGAAUAGAGAUUCUUGUGUCCGCUUUCCAGACGUGUAGUUGGAACAUCACCAAAAGUGUACGGGCUCUUGUUUGUCACAUUUAUCAUCCCUACACUAAGUUUCCUGAAAAGUAGUUAUUGUGUUAUCCUGCAAAAAGACCAUCAGACCUUGUUUUUUUCACUUGGCAGGGGAAAAUAAAAACAACUCUUACUGUUAUGUUCUGUAACAGACACAAAACCCUGGUGAGCUGAUAAUGGCUUAAAAAUUUUGUUUUCAAAAAUGCUGUUUUCAUUUUUUUUUUAAUAAAAAAAAAUCCUGUGGUCAUGUGGACAGGGCAUACUGUAUAUACUGUAUCUCUCAGUUGUCAGUGCGCCUCUAGCCAUUAAGAUCCUCUGCAACCAAUGUCUACCUGUCUCCGACACUCACCCUAAAAUAGUAGACAUUGUCAAGGAAAGGAAAUGAAAUGUAAUUGAAUGAAAGUGCAGGGAUAAGUAAAGUAACCUGUUGAACAGCAGGGACGAAAUUAAUGCCUCUUAUUUAAGAGCUGCUUCGUCAUCUCACUGCAGUUGGGACAGUGAGCUCUGCUGUGGAAAUAGGAUUUUGGAGAUGGAAAUAGGCUUUGUGAGGUGGUAGUUGGGGGGGAGGGCUAAAACCCAAAAACUCUACAAAAUCAUUCCUGAUACUCAGGGCAUCAAGCACGAUGAUGUCAUGAUUAGGGGAACAGUUCAGAGCCUCGCCUUAUCACCCUAUCCAGAGAUUGGAGAUCGCAUACAGUCACUGGGAUGGAGUGAUAACAAGGUGAUGAAGUACCUAAAUCCUAUUGUCAAUCAAUCACAAGAGUAACAACAAACAGAUUACAGCGUAGUCUUAGCCAAUCUUGCACAGACGUCACUAGGGAUGUACGAUCAUGUUGGACUCGGAACAAUAAUGACCAAUUUUUUUAUUAUUUCUUUAUGUAAAUAGCUUAUAAAAUACAAAAUUAGAGAGAUUGUACAGUAGUGUGCUCUGAGAAGCCCCACUCUCUGGUACAAUGAUGUCACUAUAUACACCACAGCAGUGCUGGGAUCUGGGAGUCAUUUUUCAGUCCCUCAGGUUUUGAAUCUAUCUUACUCUUCCAAGCAUUGGACCGAGGUUGUAGAUUUUCCUUUGGGAUCAGUAAAGUAUCUAUCUAUCUUAAAAAACAGAAGUUGUUUCCACCAAGCGGUUCAGUUCAGUCCAACACGGUUCAAUUCUGGUCAUUGCGUUUUCACUGAGACAUGAGUAGGCGAAAUAGGGAUUUUUGUUAUGACAGCGAAGAAGGUGGACCAAUCAAUUGACAGCAACAUGUGUAGCUCCACCCUUCACAGGCCUACCAAAGCAUACCGUAGCGUACCGAAGCCUACCAUUGCGACCGACGAACUGACCGUUCAGGUCUAACGUUUUUGGAGCCUUUACAUUUGAUGGGAAAAAACUUGCAUUCCAAACUAAACCGGAUCAUACUGCUUGGUGGAAACAAAGCUAUGGUCCCAUUGACUCUUGAGGUACUGUACCUACAACCUAGUUCUGUAAAACAAUGCCAGAACUCUGGGUCAUGUUUCUAAUCUGCUUUGAAACAUUAAAAAGCAGUAAUGGACCUAAGCUAAGUGGUGAUUGGAAGAAGGGUUUGAAGAAAUGACAAAUUAGUGAAGAAAAGUGUCACCUGCCACGACUCUCAACCACACUGCUGCUAAAUCUCUCUUGUACAUACAAUAUAGCUUAUUUUUCAAUUUUGUUCAGCCUUCUUUCUGGGCUAGGUACAAUAUAUCAUGUUCAAAAGUAAAAAAAAUAAAAUAAAAUAAAAAAAAACUAAUUAAAUAAUAUAUUUCAGUCAAAGAGAAGGAACCUAUGGAAUAAUUUUAACAAAAAAAAUGAAUAGAUAAUAUUACAAUAAUUUCUUGUACAGUGAUUCACGGGGAUUUUAUACUCAUGUUGGGAAAUUGGUGAUUUCUCCAAUGUUUUCCGAAGCUGGGAUGGACUCAUUGUCAUGAGGUUUAUUAUGAUGUGUUUUGUUUUUAUUAUUUAUAUUUACCAGGCUCCAUAUGUUAAAAAAAAACAUUUUAAUAAAAAAUAAAUAAAAUAAAAAAUCUGAUUCCGCAUGCUGACAGCUCUUGGAUCAAUAAUAAACUGAACUAAAUGCACUUAUGGUACUGGUCAUGGGGAAUCUAGGAGAAGUCCAACAUACUCUUGCUGAUGUCACUUUUGGGGACCCUUGCAGACUGUCAUCCCAAUAACCUUAACAUUGACCUUUAAUUUAAAAAUAUAUAUAAACAUAUUUUUAAAAAAAAUCAGACGAGUUAAGGACUCAAUUUUGACCCUGGUAGUGUUAGACAUCUCAAAUUAACUCGUCAUCGGUUGUAAAAGAGUCCUCGAAAGGUGGCAAAGUCAAGAAAAUCCACUUACAACAUCAAAUCAAAACCUAUGUAACCUUGUAUUUAAGCAAUGGAGGAAUUCUCUUUGUUUGAUUAUGUUUCAUUUCUUAAGGGCUGGUGGUUGGUCAUGUCUCUGGACUUCAUCUACUCUGUGUUUACAUGCUUAUCUCAUAUUUAGCGGCGAGGGUUUUGCCUCCCAACCGCAGUCCACUGGAGAUGUUGAUUUGCUAAUGUGAUGAGGGAAUUCUGCCUUAAAUCCAGCCUGUUCUCUCUCUCACCUGUGAACACUGCUUGGACACCAUGUAUUGUAAAAAUGGGGAGGUGCCAAAUCCUAAGAGUAAAAAAAAAAAAAAACUGCUGUUUAAGUUACCUCAAGCCCAUUUGUUGUAAGAAUGAGAAUGUCUCCAUUGCCAUUGGUUACAAGGACCAAAAUGUAAACAAACUCAGAUUGAGCGGUUUGCACAAAAUCUAAUCAGAGCCUUCAGAGAAGUCACAUUGAGUCACUGGAAAUGUUUGCCUCAUGGAUUUUUCUAUCACAAAUAAUUCUCAGCUACACCAUUUUAUCCUAUUUAUUUGCUCUCAUGUAUUUAUUCAAAUUAGCAAUGAAUGAAAUGGUAUUAUUCCAUGACUCCAACCAACUGAGAUAGCAUUUUUUUUAAAAUAUGUUUUUGAAACAGAUGUAAUUUGAAUUAAUGUUGGCUCGGGUCUGAUCCCCCUGAUUUUGGAGUCAUAUCCUCCCAAUAGUGCUCCUGAACACUGUAGUUCUCUAGUUCAUUAUAUUCUGCUUAGACUAAAAUAAAGCACAGUCCUGUAUAAAAAC